GGGGGGUGCUGCGGGGGGUGCCGCAGGGGGUGCCGCAGGGGGUGCCGCAGGGCCCGCUGUGGGGUCAACCACAGGAGCAGGGGUAGGGGUGCAUUGCAUCAUAUUUUGAUCUAUCUAUUCUCGCUGUGGUCAUAGCAUGCAGCAUAAUUAUCCUUCAUUUUGCCAGGAGUUUGGAGGCUGUGUCUGGGGUUGGUCUGCAGCUACAGCCAUGUGACUCCCUGAUGCUUCGGCAGGGGCUGGGAUAUCAAAACUGUGCAAUAUUGUCUGCAUAAUCCAGGCAUGUAGGGUUAAAAAGAAAGUGUGAUUUGUUCAUUUUUUGGCUGGCAGGGUAGGUGGGCUGACAUCAUGGGCUGCAUCGGGUCCACUGUCAACUCAUUGAUUGUUUCGUCUGCUCAUUCUAUACACAUGCCCAUUGGUAAGCUGAUCAUGCUGUAGGCACAGUCUAAUCUUACCCAGUGGAUGAUACCACACAUUA